UAAUUAUUUUAGCUUGACAUUUUACAGUAAACAUAAACAUCCAACGGUCACUUUACAUCGUAACCAAUUUGAAAUGGCUUCGAGCGAUAAAAAUGUAUUUGGAAACAUCGAUCCAUGUCCGAAACACUCAAUGCCGAGUGCCCUCAGCUCAACGAUACUGGAUUACUAUCACAGAUACGGACGAAAUAGAGACCUAGAAAGGUAUCUACGUUUUCGAAACCGAUCCUCAAGUGGCAGCAGCAUUCAACUGUCGCCGACAAAUGAUUCUCGCGUUGGUAAGUCACUGGAGAACAUCAACAUUUUGGAAUCGUGUGUGGAAUCCGAAAAAAGUUUGCAAAAAUCGAAAUCCAGUGAAUCGAUAAAUCGGUCUGGACGCUCCAAGCCAGAACUGACAACGGGACAGUGUGAAAACAGUGCCGACACGUCUGACAAUCAAAUCAAAUUGACAACAAAGAAGGCGUUAAAAUCGAAAAAGAAAUUCAACAUCAAUAUGGACACACACAUCGAGAUAACGCUUCCACAGCAAUUACCACAUUCAUCCCAUCAACAAGUGGAACAACAACAACCGUCAUUCGAUGCACUCAUGCAUCAUGACUUUUCGCAACAAAAAAGUGAAUUCGAAACCAGUCAAACACAAACCGAACGAAUCGAGUUCCCGAAAACUCCGAAUCGAUCUGAAGUCGAUGCAAUUGAUGUUCCGGCACGACCAUCAUCCGUUGCUAGCAGUGCUGCAUCAAUAUCGAACAAACAACGAUUGGAAUGGGACUCAAUGGCUGAUGUUGGUUACUACAAAUCCACCGACAAUCAGCUGACAAAUCUCACCGAAUUUGAGCGGAAAGCUCUCAAGAAGUUCUUUAAUUCACACGGACUCAAUUUCGAUGAAGAAAUUCUUGUGUUCGCUGGUAAAGCAAAACUAUCGAACUCAGUGCCUGAGUUAACAAAGCGAACUGAAAAGGCACGGAUACGAGAGAAAUGGGAAGCUGCUUUCCAGAAAAUUUUAGAAGAGAAAUAUGCAAAGAGAAAUGCCAAAAAUAAAGAGGGCAAAGUGGAUCCGAAGCGACUGUGGCAGAGUGCCUUGGUAAAAUUUCGCGAGAAAUACGGAACACAAUUCAAUCCGGAAUCUGAUCUUUGCAUUACUGAGCCAACCGUACAUAGUACACCAAUUUUAAGCGAUUCAUCGAAGGGAGCCAUUCCGAAGGUACGAAGUAUUUUGCUGGAUACGAUCAAGACGGAAAGUUCCACAGAAAAGGAACCAUCUGAACAUGUGGAAAAAGCUUGCCAAACGAGUAUGGUUAUAACGUCAUCGAAGGAGUGCCAGGUCGAUGAAACAACGUCAGACAUGCUAAGCGUUUCAGACCAUCAGCUUGGAGUUACCUCAACUGACAACUCAAAGGAAAGCGAGAAAUCGACCGACUAUAAAGGAGGAAUGGUUUCAGCGGCUAGUUUCGAAUUUGUUGCUCCUGCCGCGUACAAGGGCCAAGAUAAGGAGAACAUUCCACCCCGUAAAAAGGAAAUUAUUUUCCCACCGAACGAAGGCCGACAAGACGAAAAUAAGGAAAAUGUUCCACCGCGACAACUGAAUGACAACGAAAUUAUUGACAAGUUUCAACUGUCCACUCCACCAAAAACAACCACAACAACAACUGACUCUAGCCGAACGGACGAGAUUUUCGGUGUAAUUUCAACAUUGGAAAAUGAUCUAGCGAGAGGUGUCGAAGUUCUGUAUUCGUUAGCCAGUGCGAAAGAAUUGAACGAAGAGAAGAAAAAGAAACUUGUGCGCAAAAUCAUAAAACGUAUCACCACUGCCAAAUACAAAGACUCUACGGCCUCAUCUGAAUCGAUCGUCAGUUCGAUCCAGGGCUAUGACUCGGAAACGUCUAAAUCAGUUGUUGGAAAUCCACAUUCCCGGCCAAAUAUCAGUGGGGUGAACACAUUAUCCAGCACUUCGUCGUCGAAUUCCAACAAAGAACUAUCGGUGUCGAGUGCAAAAGUGGCACAGCCGGUCAAGCAGGACAAUUCGAAGGAGAAUUCCAUCAAGGAUUUUCUGAAACCGAUCACAAAUUCGGAAGUGGAAUAUGAGCGAAACAGAUCCAAAGAGAAGAGAGGCAUUGAACAAUUACCGGAGACUGAAAGCGAACGUCAGCUGAGAAAGAAAUCGAUCCAUUCGGAUGUGUCACAGUGCGAUCCCAAUAUUUUGAAAUUUGUGGAGCAGCAGAGACAAUCUCAAUUUGAAUGGAUAGACCGAGAAAUCUGCCAUCUGGUCAAUUUAAAGGAAUUUCUGCAAAAGAAACGCGAGUCUGACAUAAUGAAGGAUAUCAUAAACUUGGAGAUGAAUAGAAAAGGAACGAGUUUAUCGCGUGGUACCGAUAAAUCGCAGGAAAGCAGUGGAGUAAUUUACGAAAAUGUUACUGUCGAUCCGAAAAGCACCGAACCUAGUUAUGCGGACGUGCAUGGAAUCUCCCAAGAAGCCUUGGCUUCAAGAUCAAACUCAAACAAAUCUGCCCUGAAACCAACACCAAAGGAAAACCAGCAUCAAUCUCAUGAAAAAGACGAGAUCAGCAACGCCUCUUCGUCGCUGGAAUGGAACUCACAUAUCAAUAUGCAGCAGUUUGUUCGCAAUCGCACCAAACUACAAACCCCAAACGACGACAUCGUUUCUUAUGCUCAGACCAAGGAGCGUGAAUUUCUUGGAAAAUACGAGGGCAUCCGUUCCCGACCCAUUUACACUCAGCCAUACAGUUCCGAUCAUUCGGAUCAUUACUCUGAACCGCAUGACAUAAACCGCAAACCGUUGGCGAAAAAGAACACCAAUCAUGCAUACACAUCAAUUACAGGCUCCGAUGGAUUUCUAUCGUCGGAUUCGGUUUCGAUACCGGUUGCCAAUUCAACAUCGAACACAACCACUCAUCAAUAUGAUACCAGAGCUUCGGUUGCUAUUCAAACAUCCAGCUCAUUGGCUCGAACAGCGCCGAUCUUCAAAGUGAAAUCGGAUUCUUGCAAUUGUGGAAGUACAACGUGUAAUUGUGUGCACACCAGACGACCAACCGUUCGAGUCAAAUAUCAAACGAACGAUAAACAAUUGCAGGUCAUUCCCGCAGCCAUUUGCUACGACAUAAAUUUCGACGAAAAGAAACGGCAAGCGGAUGCGAACAUUAAGACGGACUCGAACCGAACGAAGACUGAAAAUUACUAUCGUCAUUCGGAUUCUAGUUCAGCGUCGUCGAAGGAUUCGAAGAAAAAGUCUGAGCCAAAUUUCGUUGGGAAUUUUGGUGGCUGUGCCAAGCUAUCGUUACAAGACCAUUUGAAAUCUGCAAGACCCGAUUUCGUGUCGCAGGCAGACGAACGACGCAAAUGUGUGAUUGAAUUGCACAGUUUGAGAGAAAAACGCAACGAGCAACGGAAUCGUCUCUUCUUACUGUCGUCCAAUCAGUCGCUGCGUAAUCACAUUAAAACACUUAAUCCACCGCCGAUUGCUGGCAAACGUAUUUUUACGACAAAAGCUUUGAAACAGCAGACUCGAAAUCGAUACAAUAAACUACCCGAAAUCGUGUCCAAAGAAGCGAACGAACGAAAAAAUCGAAUCAAACGGAGUAAUCGGAUUGUGCGUGAUAUGUUCAAUAAGAAUUUACAGAAACGAGUUCUUAAAGGACAAACCGAUCUGUCCAACAGCGUCUUUGUUGCGGCAAUUUAAGCAACACCAAUCCCUCGGGAUGUAAAUAUUUUUUUCGUUUUCUCCUUUUCAUAAUUUAAUGUUAGCGAAUUAAGGAAUUUUGCGUGAAAUGAAAGUCAAAAUAACAAAACUUCCAUCAAUCCAG